AUGGACGACAGCACAUUGGCCGGUCGAGGCCAUCGCCAGAAGAUCCCGACCGACAAAGUCCGCGAGCAUGUGCCAGGCGCGAAAACAGAAAAGAGCGACGAGAACAACAAGGUCAUCAUACCCACGUAUAUUGCGCCGAAUGACGCCAAACUGCUUCUCGACCCACCAGAGCUUACAAAACUCUACGACCACAGCAAAGUCGGUCUCGAUGGCGAGAGGAUAGAGUUCUUUCAAUUGGGAACCCAUCUGGAGGGCAAGGAGAAGCGCAUCUAUCUUCGAACAAAGCGAGAUCCUCAAACCAUGUAUUUCCAUACCGCCGAAGCGAGUCCCCAUUUUGCCCGACUGAGCGACGAAAAUCAUCCGCAAUGUGCUGUAGAGGGUCUCAAGAAUUGUUUCACGCGAGACAUGCUAGGCAAGACCGGCGAGAUGGGCAGCUAUUCCACCAGAGCAAACGUCUUCGCCCGAGAAGGACAAUUCUUUUUCGAGGCGAAGAUCACAUCACAGGCGCCUCCAGGACGCGAGAGACCAGAUGCAGCACUAGCCAACACUCAACAGCAGGAAAAGUCAAGUACAAACCGAGGUGGAAUCAGAGUCGGAUUCUGCAGAAGAGAACAUCAUUGGAGCGAGACCAUGGGCGGUAAUGCUUACAGCUAUGCUGUCGUAUGUCGCUGUGGAACUGGCCGCGAGUAUGGCAAUGUUCGCUUCAACACCGCAAUGCACCACUUAUCUGGAGAGGGCGCCAGUGAUCCCGGAGAUCUAGUGCCUGGAGAUGUUGUCGGGCUGAUGAUUACCCUACCGCCUCUCGAAGUACAACAGAAGGUUAUGGAAGGCACGUUUAACUCUGCAGACUAUCCACACCUGAAAUGCGGUCCUGCAGUAAUCAAGUCGAAGAAAGGCACUGGGGCUAAGAAGACCUCAAAAGCCCCUACCAAGUCGAAAGACAAGGACACAGAGCCGCAUCGACACAAAGACGACAGCGGUAGAGCAUCGCGAGCGUAUCUCAGGAGCGACCUGAGCCCUGCUGCUUCCGAUGUGCCCGAUCAAGACAUCAUUCGGGACCGAAAUCCUUUCCUCUUCAAGGGCCUGGCAUACUACGAGUGCCCCGACUACACACCGCAUCCAGACUUGAGUCGACCGACGCUCAACGCGAAGAGCAAAUCAGUCAACCCAGAAACGGGCAAGAGGUACGAUCUCACGACUGACCCGCACCCCAACCACGAGCUUCCACAUUUGAGGACUCUUCCAGGCAGCAAGAUAGAAUUAUGGGUAAACGGGAAGUACCACGGCAUAGUUUGGGAACACCUCUUUGCAUUUCUACCGCCCGCAUCCACGAUAGAGAAGAGCAGCCGCACCAGUCUCAUGGACGGCAACAUCGACGAUGGCCUCCUCGGCUACUAUCCCGCAAUCAGCCACUACACAGGCGGCGCAGUAGAAUGCAAAUUUGAUGGUCCAUGGUGGUACGGGCAUCAGGACGGUCCUGCGCGACCAGCGUGUCGACCAAUUGGAGUGCGCUAUGACGAACAGAUUGUGGAAGACUUCGUCAGCGAUAUGGUCGAUGAAGUCUAUCAGGAGCAGCUAUGGGGCGACGAGCAGUGGAUGAAGAAGCGCGUACUCUCAAGCUCAUUACAUGCGCCGCUUUUAGGAUCAUUGCCUGGGUAA